ACCCCAAUAUGUUGCCGGCCACGCAUUAGCUAGUUGUCGCCUAAGCUGCAGUAGUGUGCUGCGUAGCUCCCACAUCAUGUCGGUGUUGUCCCCAGGAUGGGUGUUGAGAAGUUGCUUCUACACCAAGCCCCCAUUGCUGCUAGUAGUGGUGCUGUCUUGAUGUUUGUUCCUCCAUCUCUCUCCGGCCAGGAAUUGGUUUGCUUUGGCUGCGCGCCACAUGCAGGCUUGGCAGGCUACUGCACGACGACAAAGUCACCUGUGGGAGGAUCAGAUAGACACCUACCUACUACUAGGAGCCAAAGGGUACUUCGUCCAAGACCACAUACCAGCCCGUCACUCGGUUGGAGAUAAAAGGGCAAGCAAGCAUCAGUGAUGUAGGCCCUCCUAUUACGCCGUGCCCUCCUUCACGCGGUCGACCAAGCAAAGCCAAG